CAUGGAAAUGAGCCUGCGAGGAGCUGCACGCCCCGGGUGUCAGCCGCGGCCCUGCGCUCCCCUCUCCGGGUCCACGCCAGCCCUCCCCGCCAGCCGCUGCUCGUUUCCACUCGCACAGUGCUCCACUCGGCCUUUGUCUCCUCCGGACGCCUCCUGUGCCCUUGCGUGCUGGCACACACGCACUGUCCGAGCUCCCGGGAGCCUGGGCCUGCGGGCUCACCAGACAGAGCCACCAUGGCCUCUGACGUGGAGAGCUGCGACCGGCCGAGGCUUUGAUGUUGCUGCCCAGGGCUUGCCAGGACACUGGGGCCUCAGGAGAGGGUGCCCGCUGACCUGACUGCAGAGGAGCGGCACGAGCUGCAGAACAUCCGGCGGAGGAAGCAGGAGCUGCUGGCUGACAUUCAGAGGCUGAAAGAUGAGAUAGCGGAAGUGGCCAAUGAGAUCGAACACCUCGGCUCCACAGAGGAAAGGAAAAACAUGCAGAGGAACAAACAGGUGGCCGUGGGCAGGAAGAAGUUUAACAUGGACCCUAAAAAGGGGAUCCAGUUCCUGAUCGAGAGCGACCUGCUGAAGCACUCGUGUGAGGACCUCGCGCAGUUCCUGUACAAGGGAGAAGGGCUCAACAAGACGGCCAUCGGUGACUACCUGGGGGAGAGGGAUGAGUUUAACAUUCAGGUCCUUCACGCCUUUGUGGAGUUACACGAGUUCACAGACCUCAACUUGGUCCAGGCUCUACGGCAGUUCCUGUGGAGCUUCCGGCUCCCCGGGGAGGCACAGAAGAUUGACCGCAUGAUGGAGGCCUUUGCCCAGCGCUACUGCCAGUGUAACCCCGGCGUGUUCCAGUCCACAGACACCUGCUACGUGCUUUCCUUUGCCAUCAUCAUGCUGAACACCAGCCUGCACAACCCCAACGUCAAGGACAAGCCCACGGUGGAGAGGUUCAUUGCCAUGAACCGGGGCAUCAACGACGGGGGCGACCUUCCCGAAGAGCUGCUCAGGAAUCUGUAUGAGAGCAUCAAAAAUGAGCCCUUUAAAAUCCCCGAGGAUGACGGCAAUGACCUUACCCACACAUUCUUCAACCCAGACCGAGAAGGCUGGCUGCUGAAGCUCGGAGGUGGCAGAGUAAAGACUUGGAAAAGGCGCUGGUUCAUCCUGACGGACAACUGCCUCUACUACUUUGAGUACACCACGGAUAAGGAGCCGCGUGGCAUCAUUCCCCUGGAGAACCUGAGUAUCCGUGAGGUGGAGGAUUCCAAGAAACCAAAUUGUUUUGAGCUUUAUAUCCCUGACAACAAGGACCAGGUCAUCAAGGCCUGUAAGACGGAGGCCGACGGCCGCGUGGUGGAAGGCAACCAUACUGUCUACCGGAUCUCCGCGCCGACGCCGGAGGAGAAGGAAGAGUGGAUCAAGUGCAUUAAAGCAGCCAUCAGCAGGGACCCUUUCUAUGAGAUGCUCGCGGCGCGGAAGAAGAAGGUCUCCUCCACAAAACGGCACUGAGCGGCGGCCUGGCC